AUGGCAGUGUCGGAGAAUACGGUGAGUUCAGUCCUGGUUCGAGAGGAAGGACGAAGCCAGAAUCCUAUAUACUAUGUUAGCAAGAUGCUGCAAGGAGCGGAGAAACGAUACUUCGAGAUGGAGAGAUUGGCACUUGCGUUGGUCGUUACCGCAAGGAAACUUCGACCUUACUUUCAGUCCCACAAGAUCGUUGUGCUUACAAAUCAUCCAUUGAAGCACGUCAUGACACGUCCCGAGGGUUCUGGAAGGUUAGUGAAAUGGGCAAUAGAGUUGGGGAAAUAUGACAUAGACUACCGAGCCAGGGUCGCACAAAAAGCACAAGUAGUGGCAGAUUUCAUGGUCGAAUUAAUGGGGGAUCCAGCCGAGGAAUCUAAGGGAAAGUGGAUGCUGCAUGUAGAUGGGUCUUCAAACGCUAGUAACAGAGGAGCAGGAAUUUGGAUUCAAGGUCCUGAAAGAAUCGAGAUCGAAGUUGUAGCGAAGCUAUUCUUUUCAGUCACCAACAACGAAGCAGAAUAUGAGGCCAUGAUCUUAGGACUGGAGCUAGCGCAUGAGACAGGAGCCAAGGACUUAGAGGUAUUCACAGAUUUCCAAUUGGUCGCUAUGCAAGUAGAGGGAACUUAUGAAACGCGAGAAAGGACGAUGGUCUCUUACAAAGAGAUCGUGCAAGGGUGGAUGGGCAGGUUCUAUAGCUGCACGAUCCAGCAAAUCCCCCGCAAUGAAAAUGAUGAGGCAGAUGCAUUAUCGAAGUUUGGAGCAACCAUGUCUGGGAUUAGAGAUCGCAAAAUCACAGCGUUGGUGCGAGAGAGAGCUGCGAUCGGAAAGAGCGUGUACGUGAACUUAGUCGAGGAGUCCAAAUCUUGGAAGGACGAGAUCGUGGGAUAUUUGCAGGAUGGUACCUUGCCUUCCGACCCUGUUCGAGCAAAGAGAAUCAAAUUUUAUGCGAUUUGUUUCACCAUUAUUUCAGGACAGCUAUACAAGAGAACUGUGGAUGGACCAUUGCUGAAGUGCUUGAAUCCUGAGCGAGCAGAAUAUGUAUUGAGGGAAAUACAGGCAGCUGCGGCAAUUAUUCUGGAGUAA